AUGUUCUGUUUAAUCAAGUCGAAUCCUUUUAGUUUGUGUGCAGGGGUCAGCUGUGGGUGGUCGGGUUUGGAGCGGGCUGCAAAACUGGAAAACACGGUCGGGCUGAGGACAGCGGCGAUACAACCUGCCUCUGUCUCUCUCACCUUGUCUCCGCCCCCGCCAAACCAACCAGCCAGCCAGCCAGCCUCCCUGCCUGCCUGGCUGCCUCCUCGCACCGUUUCUCACCCCCCGGUUCUCUUCUUUCUGAUUUCAAUCUGCGUUUGUCUCUUCCAUUGCUUCUCACCAUCUCUCUCUCUCUCGCCCUCUCCCCACUCUCUCUAUUUCUCUUCCUCUCUCUCUCUCCCUCUCUCUCUUUCUGGUGAUCGAAUAUUUAGCCUUUUUUUCUUUUUUUUUCUCUAUUUCUUUACUUUCCUUCUCUUGUUUUUACCUCUUUCUUGCUCAUUUUUGUCGACAAAUAUUCAGAUACGUACCUUGUGUCAAAUUCUGUAUCACGCGAGGACAUAA